AAAAGAUGCGAUCGUUAAGCGAAUCAAUUGGUAAACGACCGUGGAUUUUAAUAAAAAUUGUUGAUAAAUGGAAGGAAAUCGGCGUAUUAAGUAUAUUGUCAUGUUUUUUAUACGUAAUAUUUUUAAUGAAAUUUAGCGAAAAGACUCGAAUUUCUGAAAAUGCAUUAUUGCCAGCAUUGGUCAAUGAAAAUUUUCAAUAUUCUCAUCAUAUAAAUGCUUUUGUAAAACAUUUUCAUAAUAAUUAUAAUAAUAGAGAAAAUCGAAAAUAUAUUGAAAAUAAUUUGGAAAUGAAUGGAAUUAAAGUUCAGCAACAAUCUUUUUCGCUAUCUCUUCCUUUUUUUAAUUAUUCCGGAAUAAAUAUUAUUGGAACGAUUCGAGCGAAUCGAUCACCGUCUGUCGAAUCAAUCCUUCUUGCUGUUCCGCUCGAAGAAAACUCCAUUGAGGCAAUGUCAACUGCGCUUGCUCUUGCAAUAUAUUGUAGAGAACAGAUUUAUUGGGCUCGCGAUGUUAUUUUCGUAUUUGUUGAUGGAAAUAUAUAUGGAAUGGCUGCGUAUUUGUCUGCGCAUCACGGUACCACUUUGCCAUUUAUGAAGUUCGAUCGUAUCAAAUAUCAUAGUGGCUCGAUUGUCGGUGCAUUUGUAAUCAACGCUACCGGCUCAGUCUUUGAUACAAUGGACAUCAAAUAUAAUAUGAUCAAUGGACAAUUGCCUAAUUUGGAUUUAAUUAAUCUUAUGGUGCGGCUUGCCGAUAAAUUUAGUUUAACAUCGACAGUUUUCAAUCAUGAAUAUGAAUCGGAGUGGUUGGAUGCAAUGAAAACAUUAAAAAAUGCUGUAGUGACACAGGCAUUCAUUAAUAAUGAAGGCAUUCACAGUAUUUUUGGAUUAUUUGGCAUUCAAGCUGUAACUAUUCAUUUGAAAAAUAUUGUUAGCGCACAUGCGAAUUUACAUGACCUUGCUUGCAUUUGUGAAGGGGCCUUGAGGUCAUUAAAUAAUAUUAUAGAAAAAUUCCAUCAGUCAUAUUUCUUAUACAUUUUACCGAAUUGUCGCCAUUUCAUUUCUGUUGCAUAUUAUAUGCCAGCGAUUGGAUUACUUUUGCUUCCUCUAAUCGUUCGUUGUUUGAAAGAAUGGUUCUCAAUUGGCCAAUUCGCUUUAUCAAAUUCCUAUUUUUGGAUCCAUUUGAUUGCAUUCACUAAUUAUAUAAUUAGCUCGAGUUUGCUUGCCUCUGCACAUUUCUAUAUUUAUCAUCAUUUUUCUCUUUUUUUAUUAUUUGUUCCAUAUUACUUGGAAGAGAAAUACAUUGAAUCAACAAGAUUUAUUUUUUUGUUAGAAGUUAGCCUUAUUCUCGGAUCGCUUUCUUUAUUAAAUUUUUCCUUGGCUUUUAUUAUUUCGUUAAUAGUUGUUCCAGUUAUUUUAUUCUUCUCGGCUUUUGCUGCUAUCAAGCAGUUGAAGAGGAUGAAACCGAUUUUCGGUUAUUUUAUCAAUCCGGUGAUUCUUUCUAUAAUUUUUUUGCUGUUAUUUGCGGAAAAAAAAGAAUCACUUUUGAAUAAUUUAUCGGUGUGGAUAAAUGAAUUUGCUCAAAUGCAUUUGCUAUUUGGUUCCAUUAUUUAUCCGAUUUUAUUUGUUUUCCUUAUUCCUAUAUGGAAUAUUUUGUCGCAAAUUUUUUAUGCUUGUAACUAA